GCGGCCGCGGUCCUAGUCGCUCCUGCCGCCACCAUGACGGACCGCUCCACCUUCGACACCAAUGUCAUCACCAUGACCCGCUUCGUGAUGGAGGAAGGCAGGCGGGCCAAGGGCACCGGGGAGUUCACGCAGCUCCUCAACUCCCUCUGCACGGCCAUCAAAGCCAUCUCCACCGCCGUCCGUAAAGCGGGCAUUGCCAACCUCUAUGGAAUUGCUGGGUCUACCAAUGUGACCGGAGACCAAGUUAAAAAGCUGGAUAUUCUAUCCAAUGACCUGGUGAUUAACAUGCUGAAGUCAUCCUUCAGUACAUGUGUUAUCGUGUCUGAAGAAAACAAAGAUGCUGUGAUAGUGGAAACUGAAAAACAGGGUAAAUACAUAGUCUGCAUAGACCCUCUAGAUGGUUCAUCGAACAUCGACUGUCUUGUUUCUAUUGGGACCAUCUUUGCAAUUUAUAGAAAGGUGUCCCCCGAUGAACCUUCUGGGAAAGAUGCUUUACAGCCUGGGCGUAAUCUUGUGGCAGCUGGUUAUGCGCUCUAUGGAGGUGUCAACUGUUUCAUGCUGGAUCCGGCAAUUGGAGAAUUCAUUCUAGUGGAAAGAGAUGUGAAAAUCAAAAAGAAGGGAAAUAUCUACAGUCUCAAUGAAGGCUAUGCUAAAUAUUUUGAUCCUGCUGUCACAGAGUACCUCAAAAAGAAGAAAUUCCCUGAGGAUGGCAGUUCACCGUACGGUGGGAGGUACAUAGGAUCUAUGGUGGCCGAUGUGCAUCGCACACUGGUGUAUGGAGGAAUCUUUCUGUAUCCUGCUAACUCCAAAAGUCCCAAAGGAAAGCUGAGACUGCUCUACGAAUGCAAUCCUAUGGCCUUUGUUAUUGAGAAGGCUGGGGGAAUAGCAACAACUGGUCAGCAAGCAGUACUAGAUAUAGUGCCUGAGGAUAUCCACCAAAGAGUGCCUGUUGUCUUGGGGUCUCCUGAUGAUGUGAAGGAGUACCUUGAGAUAGUCAAGAAGCAUUCAACUAAGUAAAGAAAGCUUGUUGGAUUCACUGUGCACAGGGGAUAAAAUGUCUUACAGCCGAACCAAAGAAUGCGCUGCAGUACUGUGAGAUUGAGCUGUCUGACUUCUGUAGCAAAAGAGCAAAUGAGCCAUAUUUUCAUAAGAUUUUUUUAAAGCUAAAUCUUGUGCAAUUGCAUUGUGCAAUUGAAAGGCAUUAAAUGAAAGGCAUUAAAAGAUUGCAUUAAAUGAAGCAUUAAAAAUUAAAGCAAUGGAAAAAUA